AUGUCAAAGACGAACAAUGCCGAGACAUGUGACACAAGAAUCUGCAAGAAAACACCGUCUUUCAACAAUAAUAGUACCAUCGAAAAAGACUACGUCUCAAUACAAUUUCCAUUCAACUUAAUAGAUGGUAAGGUCAGUUGUACUUGUGGCUCUCCCGGAUUUGACAUGUACUGCGACAACAAACUAGGAGGGCCGCUCCUUGAACUCCCUAACGCCGGAAACUUCACCGUCGAUUACAUAAUCUAUCCUACAAGAGAAAUAAAGCUUUCGGAUCCAAAUAAUUGUCUUCCACAAAAGCUCUUAUCUUUGGAUCUUACAACUUCACCAUUUCGGCCAGAAAGUCUGGUUAGUAAAUAUCAAGUGUAUAACUGCUCCGGGGAUGCUGAUAAUUACCGCUUAUUCUACGGUAAAAUUGGUUGUCUUGAAGGUUUGAAUUAUACCAUUAUAGGUGCCGGUCCAAACACUAGAGUUGUCAAUUCCAAUUGUACGUUUGUGAAGAAUGUUUCUGUUCCAACUAUCUUUGACUAUAACCAUUACAAUGAGCUGAAUCAACAUUCUAGUAUUUACCUUACUUGGGAUAUACAAGUACAUACCUGA